AUGGCUGGCUCCUUUGGUUACGCAGCACCAGAAAUCAUGCUCAAACAAGGCCACGGAAAAGCUGUUGAUAUGUGGUCUCUUGGUGUAAUAACAUACACUCUUCUUUGCGGCUACUCCCCUUUCAGGAGCGAGAACGUGGCGGAUCUGAUUGAGGAGACCCGAAGCGGCCGAAUAAUCUUCCACGGGCGCUAUUGGAAAGAUGUCAGCAGCGAUGCAAAAGAUUUCGUACUCGCUCUUUUGCAGCCCAAUCCCGACAAACGCUUGACAAGUGAGGAGGCACUCAACCAUAUAUGGCUGACCGGUACCACCGCGACCGAAUUCAAUUUACUGCCUGAGUUCCGUGCAUACAUGGCCAAAGCGCGCCUCAAGCGUGGAAUUGAGAUCAUAAAGCUCGCCAAUAGAAUCGAAACUCUCAAAAUGCAAGUCCCAGAUGACGAGGACAUGAGCACCCCUGAUAUCCCAGCCGAUUCCGCGGAGCAAGCUGGCCAGAAAUUGACAAAGACCAAUGAAAACUCCGGCUUACCGACUGAAGGGCCCAAGAAGAGUCUGAGUAAGCUUGCGAAGGGGGCCAUUUUCCGGGAAGUCGUCUUAGCAAAGGUCCGAGAAGAAAAAGAGAAGGCCGAGAGGGAGAAAGCAUUGGCGAUUGCAGAGCAGGAAGCGAGAAGGCUCAGUCCACUUCCGCGAUAG